AGACAAACACGCCCGAGACUCCAGUUGAAAUUCAACGCCCAAUUAGUCAAAAGUCGUCUACUAAUUGGUGUUUAAUGAGGACGAAAUCUGAUGCUGUGUUGUGUUUUUACGCGUAAAUAGUUUGUUAUUCAGAUGUAGAAUGCCUCGUAAACGCCGUUCGACAGAAACCGACUCUGAUGAUGAACACGACGAUUCGAGACGUCCACAACGUAACGCCGCAAACGAACGCGAGAGAGCUCGUAUGAGAGUGUUGAGUAAGGCGUUCUGUAGGCUAAAAACUACCCUACCUUGGGUACCGGCAGAUACUAAGCUUUCAAAAUUAGAUACUCUCCGUUUGGCUACUAGCUAUAUAGCACACCUCAGAGCCGUACUAAUGGAUCAACCAGUGCCCAGUGAUAAUUUACCACAACAUCCUCUAACACUGACGUGGCCUUUCAGUUUCCAAAGAUGCCCCGAUUCCACGACAGAUGUAGUCGACGACAGAGAUCAACACGUUUGGGCCCACGAAGACCCCAUUCAGUCUAUCGUCAGGGAUAAAGACGUAUCAUAUUACUACUGAGUCUAAUUUAUUUUCUUUUAUACAAACGACCUAUACCAACACAUAGGCGCCGUUUGAAUGUCAAUAUUUAUUAUAGAAGCUUCAACAAACAUUAAAAACAUACUAGUCUACAGUGAAACGCUGCCAUGUUAAUAUAUAUUUUAAAAUAAUUAGUAGUGGUAAUGAACAAGUAUGUAUGCAACCAACAUAUAUAUAACUGUUUUUAAUCUAGUUACUUAAUUGAAUUUAAGUUGGUAACUCUGCAGAUUCCCUAUCCGACAUAUCACAUCCGGUUUCACACACCAUAAAUUAUAUGCUUUCCAUAUUUUUUUCUUACGUUACUAUUUUUUUGUCGUCUUAUUAAAAUUGACUGGGUGAAUAUUUUGGUAUUUAAUUUUAUUAUUCCUAACUGUUUAAUUGUGUGAUUCGUGUUUCUUAAUAUCCACAACAUGUACGUAAUUUAAAAGCAAACUAAUAAUAAAAAUGAAACAAAAAUUUGUUGUAAAAUCUGUAGCUUUAUGAUAAAAAAGGAGCCAUUAAUUUACUCUACAUUUAUUUGUUUUCAAUGACUUAUGUAUCAAACAAUCUAGAUAAAAAUUUCCCGAUUAAA